GAUUACUUGAUUAUUCCACGGGUCCGCUUAACCAUGGUGAAUGUAUGGCAAAAGCUUACUUUGGUGUUUGAGAACUCUUUUGAUCUAAAUCAACUCUGAAUGUAAGUCCAUUUCACAGUGCAUCUUUGGGUUCUUAUUUUCCUCAUGGCUAUGUGGUUUCUAUCUUGAUGUUCUCCAGGGAUAGAAGUUUGUAGCUUUUUAUAGCCAUACAAUGUAUUUGUAGCAGAUAUAGAGGUCUUAUUGUUAAUGGCUGUGGGAAGAUCCUCCUAGAAUAAAAUAAAUAAAUAAAUAGAUCAAGAUAACAGUGUUUGCAAUUGGAAGUGAUUUGAUUUGAUGUAAUUAGUAAAAAUGGAGCAUAAACAAGUUGAAAUUUAUCAAUUUUAAUCAUACUCAUUUUUCAUUAUUAACACACACACACAAACACACACACACAUAUAUGGAACAAGUAGUGUAACACGCAGUGAAUGCAGCUCAAUUGCCAUAGUUAGCAUGUCAUAUACUUGUGUCAGUUCUUCUAUGGGUUUAUGCAUGUUCUUCUUUGAUUGUUUCCUAUGAUGAUAAUAAACUUGAAUAGGUAAAGUAAUGUAAAGGCAGCAACCAUAAUAUUCAUAUAAAACACAUCAAAUUACUUCCAUACUUACACAAAAACUGAGAUGCGAAAAGUAUUGGGCUUAAACUUAAGAAAGAAAAUUUUCUUGGAACUCUUAUCAAUCCAUAAUCACCUUUGUAAAAUUAGUGGUCAUACAGAUAAUUGAAUUAGGACUCAGUCUUUAAUCUGCGACAAAGUGGCAGAUUAUAUGGUGCGAAAUUAAUCUUUCCAUUCACAUAGCUACUCUAGCUAGGGCAUUAAGAUGUGAAAUGUUUUUCACUCCAUAUCCAUUAAGACCAAACUUCAUGUUUAAAACAGUCUAUAUUAGUCAUCACUUUCUUAGCGAUGCAUUGAUAAAUUUUACUUUAUGGUGACCAGUAAUAAAAUUUCUGAAGAAUGGGUUGUAUGUCAGAAGACCUAGAGCAAAACAUGCUAUCUUCCUCAGUUAAUUGGUAUUAACAACCAUCUACUUCAAAAGCUUAAUCUGUUAGAAGUGGUGAAACUUUAAUAUUUAAUCCUUUAACACACCCCCCUCACAUGUGGCCUUUUGGUCCAACACGUGUUUCAAUUUUUAAAUAUAAGGGUGAUGGUGAGCUUUGAACUUGAGACCUUUAGCUCUGAUACCAUGUUAACAACCAUCUACUCCAAAAGCUUAAGAUGUUAGAGAGGGUGUAACUUUAAUAUCUAAUCCUUCAACAGAUGAUAAUUUUGUAAGUCUCAUGCUUGAAUGGAUUCAUUUGAAAAUGGAGUCAUCUCACAGAUGAAGUCGUAAAUCAAGAAAAUUAUCACUUAACCAAAACGUAAAAUUGUCACAGGACAUAAAUUAUGGUGAAGUACCUUAUUGUUCUUAAUGACCCUAUUUAACAACUGAGACAUUCAAAUUACGGGGACUUCCAAUCACAUAUUAAGGUGGUUGUAUAAAAUGAGCACAAUUAGAUCAGUUGCUGAUCACUGUUUAAUCUUGGUGACUAUUUCUUUCUUUACUGGUGGACUAUUGAUUGGGUGGAGUAGAGAUGGUCCUGAGGUACCUCAAAGGUGAAGGUGAAAUGUUCAAAUUUCAGAACAUUCAACUAAGGUGUACACAUAAAUCUGAUUUCAAAAACCUUCAAAUCAGACAUCAUUUUUAUUCUUUGAAGAAGAACUUUGAAUAAUAUUUUGCUAUUCCCUGAGUUUUUGAUAAAUGAUCAUAAAGAAACUCCAUCUUCAAACAUGUGUAGUCAAGGUCGGCAACAUGAAAGCCUAAGAUGUUAAUUGGAGUUCCAUUUUUAAGGUGUUGGAGAUUAUGAAUUUCCUGAAAGUGCCUUUGGAUUUCUGCUUGCUUUAGUUUUCGGAAUCAUAUAUCUAUAGAGCUUAAUAGUUGUUUUUCAGAGUAUGCGAGUUUAACCCAAGUGGAUGCUGUUUGGCCUUUUUUUUUGGUCCUUAUUGGUUUUGUGACCAAAGCAAGCCAAGAGGGGGAAUUCAAAUGCCAUUGGUGAAAUAAACUCAGCUGGAUAUAUGACUACUCAUGUUUUAGCCAUCUACUUUCUUUAUGAUCACAAAGGAAUCUUAAUCUAUUGAAGACUAAAAAAAUGUGGGAUAGCAUAUCUAAUUUAUAAAGAAUAGGUUACACAUCUGAGAGUCCUGACUUAAACCUGCUUUUCCAUUCGUCCCAAAUCCCAUUCGGCAGUGGUAUGAUGGGACUUUUCUGUUUGAGGUGUGGCUUCAGAUCAUCUCUGGACUAUAUAUAGAACUACAGAAAUCAAGUUAACAAAUUAAGAAUGCUAAAAUCACUACUUUAUCAGGUUAGUUAAGUGUUCUUAGUUCCAGGUUUUUGGGAUUGUAGACGUGAAGGUAGUAGAAAAAACAUCUAGGGAUCUUUACAACGAGGGUUAUAGAACUACAGAUACCAAAUUCUAACAAAUUAGGAAUGAUCUUGUCAGAAACUUAAUUGCCAGCAUAACAAAUUUGUGGAAGAGAAUACGUGUAGUUUCAAAUGAUACUUGGGCUCCACGUAGAAGGGCCUCUACAUGUUACGAAGUCCCACUGGAAGAGAAAGCAAGAAUCGUGCCAGAAUAGAAUUAAAAUAGUUCACCCCAUGUAACUGAAUGAGAAUUUUAAGUGACACAAGUCCCCUCAUCUUAAUCUGUGGUGCAGAAGGCACACACGUGACGUAGAGUAAAACGAGCGAGAGAGAGAAAUAAAUAACAAUUAGGGAAUAACAAAGAACAAGGUAAACAUAGAACUAAGAUCCUUUUGGCAUCUUUUAUCAUCUAGUUUUGAGAAACUUUGUUAUAGAUCAAUUCAUACAAAUUUUCCUAUAAAUUUUAUGUGUCACUUUCUAUAAUGAGCUACAAAAGCGGUAAAAACAUAGUUUUUGUUUUUAGAGUACAGGUAUUUGACAAAUCUGUCAAUUAACUUCCCCUGUAUAAACUAUCUAUAAACUCAGCCUCUUAAGCUCGCCAUUUGUAAUUCCUGACACAAUUUAACUGGUGGCACAAAAGCUAACAAAAAGGCAAGUAUUUGCAAUAUUCCAUUAGUUGAAUUCCAUUUUUGGAAGAAGUUGAUCUAGAUUUUUUUUUUAGCAUGCCCGUGGAGGAAGAUUACUUAAUAGUAGUUUCAGAUGGUAUAUGUGGUUAUACUAUAAAAUUUGAUGUCUUAUUACAAAGCCAACAUUUAGUCCAUUGAUGUAUAUGUGGUAGCUAUUGGAUCCAUCUGAAAUUCUUUUUGGCCGGCAAAUAUGUGAAAUGCCAAGGACUUUUGGUUCAUUGGUUUUAUCAUUAAUUGCCUUGUCAAUUAUUUUCAUAUGUCUUGUUACGACACGAAUAGAUCUAUUGAAUUCUAUAAAGACAGGAACAAUUGAGUGCAUCAAAGAAUUGUACUUCAGAAGCAUCUAACUUAGCUUGCUAGGUGAGAAAAAUUUAGAUCAUGGGUUCCCAGACACCUCCCAAGCUUCCGACUGUAAAUUUCAGUACUGAAAACAUCAAGCCUGGCUCAAGUUCUUGGAUUGCAAUGUGCAAUGAUGUCCGGCAGGCAUUUGAAGAUUAUGGCUGCUUUGUGGCAGUGUAUGAUAAAGUUUCUUUAGACCUUGAUAACAAUAUCUUUUGUGCAUUAGAAGAGUUAUUUGAUCUCCCCACAAAAAAGAAAGUCAAAAACACUUCUGAAAUACCUUUCUUUGGCUAGAUUGGGCAUGAGGUUAUUCCCCUCUAUGAGAGCAUGGGCAUCAGUAAUGCAGCAACUCUUGAAGAAACUCGAAGUUUCACAAAUCUCAUGUGGUCAGCUGGGAAUGACCUUUUCUGUGAAACUUUGUAUUCAUAUUCAAAGCUAGUGUCAGAAUUAGAACAAGUGGUGAAGAGAAUGGUAUUUGAAAGCUAUGGUGUAGGGAAGUACUAUGACUCUCACAUUGGAUCAACCACUUACCUUCUUUGACUCAUGAAAUAUAGAUGUCCGAGGAUGAAUGAAACUAAUAUUGGUGUUGACAAUCACACAGACAAGAGCUUCAUAACCAUACUCCAUCAAAAUCAAGUUAAUGGCUUGGAAGUGAAAACAAAAGAUGGCGUGUGGAUUGGCUUUGAGUACAGGCCUUCAUCUUUCAUGGUAAUGGCAGGCGAUGCAUUUUUGGUAGGUGGUAUCUUCUACUUAUCAGGAAUUUCUAUCUACAAAAAGUAACACUGACUAUUAUUCUUCCUGGUUAAUCUAUCUUAACUUUCCCACUUUCAUUUGUUUUUAAUUAGCUUAUAUACGAUUAUGCCUUAAAUUUCUCCUACUAAUAAUAUUCGAACGUUUGAUGUUUUCUAGGCUAGACAUGGAGCAACAAUAGAGUACAUUCGCCUAUCCAUCGUGUCAUCAUGAGUGGGAAUGAAGUGAGAUACUCAACUGGGCUAUUUGCAUUCAACAAGGGAAUAAUACAAGUACCAGAAGAACUAGUUGAUGAUGAACACCCCCAACAAUUUAAGCCAUUUGAUCAUUUUGGAUUACUUCAUUACUAUUACAUGGAUCCGGCUAACCGUGUUGAGUGUAUAGCAGAAGCUUACUGUGGCUUGAGAACUCUUUUGAUCUAAAUCAACUGAGUAAUUCCCUCAGGAACCUCCAGAGUUUCAAGCUGAGAGUGAAUUCAAAUCAUGGGUUCCCUAGCACAACCUAAGCUCCCUGUUAUUGAUUUCACCAAAGAAAACCUGAACCCUGGCACAAGUUCUUGGUUCUCGGCUUGUAAUGAUGUCCAGCAUGCACUUGAAGAGUAUGGCUGCUUUAUUGCAGUCUAUGAAAAAGUUUCUUUGGAGCUCAGCAAUGAAAUCUUUUGUGCAUUAGAGGAGUUGUUUGAUCUUCCCUCCGAAACCAAAGUCCUAAACACCUCUGAUAAGCCUUACUAUGGCUAUUUUGGGCAACACCCUGCAGCUAUGCUCCAUGAAAGCAUGGGAAUUGGGGAAGCAACAACUCUGGAGGCAAUUCAAAGUUUUGCAAAUGUCAUGUGGCCCUCUGGAAAUGACCAUUUCUGUGAACUUGUGCAUUCAUAUUCAAAGCUAGUAUCAGAAUUGGAUCAAAUGGUGACCAGAAUGGUGUUUGAAGGUUAUGGUGUGGAGAAGUUCUGCGACUCUCAUAUUGGAUCAACGACUUUCCUCCUCCGUGUCAUGAAAUAUAGAGCACCCCAGAUGAAUGAGACUAAUCUUGGUGCCGAUGUUCAUACAGAUAAGAGCUUCAUCACCAUACUUCAUCAAAAUCAGGUUAAUGGUUUGGAGGUGAAAACGAAAGACGGUGAAUGGAUUACUGUUGAUUUUCCCCCUUCUUCGUUCGUAGUCAUGGCGGGUGAUGCAUUCUUGGCAUGGAGCAAUGGCAGAAUACAUUCUCCCUUGCAUCGAGUCAUCAUGACUGCGAAUGAAGCGCGAUACUCACUGGGGCUAUUUGCAUUCCACAAGGGGAUAAUACAGAUACCAGAAGAGCUAGUUGAUGACAAACACCCGUUACAAUUCAAGCCCUUUGAUCACUUCGGAUUACUUCAUUUCUUCGUCACCGACGUGGGUAGGCAGAAAGAGAGCACUGCAAAAGCCUACUGUGGGGUUUAAGGCCUUCUCCGAUCUUAAAGAACUCCGAAUAAUCUUAUGUUAAUUUCCUGGUUAGAUUUCUGGUUACAUGUUCUGUAAUUUCAUGAAUGUCAUUAGUGUUUUCACUUCUUCAUUGCUUGGUACUUCUUAGUAUACCAAAGUUACGUUGGUGUGUAAUGAUUCUCUAUGAAUAGAAGUCUAAGCUUUUACAUUAAGGUCAAAAAAUGUGGUUGUAGAACAUGGGAGUUCUUGAUGUUAAUGGCUUUGCCGGUCUCUUUACUCUCUGUAGCAAGUCAAAUAAAAAA